AUGGCAUCUCUCGAUUCUGUCCUCCAAGGCGUUUCUGUCUCCGGCAAGGUUGACGAUGUCCAUCGCAAGAUUCUCACUCCUGAGGCUCUAGGUUUCCUUGCUCUUCUGCACCGCUCCUUCAAUGAACGACGUAAGAGCCUACUUGAACGCCGCAAGACUCGUCAGGCCGAGCUCGACAGAGGCGUCCUGCCCGAUUUCCUUCCCGAAACUAAGCACAUUCGCGAGAACCCUACUUGGAAGGGCGCUGCUCCGGCCCCCGGUCUAGUGGAUCGUCGUGUUGAAAUCACUGGUCCCACUGACCGGAAGAUGGUCGUCAACGCGCUGAAUGCCAACGUCUACACUUACAUGGCCGAUUUUGAGGAUUCAAGCGCCCCUACUUGGGACAGCAUGAUCAAUGGACAAGUCAAUCUCUACGACGCCAAUCGUCGUCAGGUUGACUUCAAGCAGGGCCCCAAGGAGUACAAGCUUCGCACCGAUCGCAAGUUGCCCACCUUGAUCGUUCGUCCUCGUGGUUGGCACCUCGAGGAGAAGCAUGUUACAGUUGAUGGUGAACCAAUCUCUGGUUCCCUCUUCGAUUUCGGUCUCUACUUCUUUCACAAUGCUUUCGAGACACAGCGUCAGGGCUUUGGUCCUUACUUCUACCUCCCCAAGCUAGAAAGUCACCUCGAGGCUCGUCUCUGGAACGAUGCCUUCAACCUUGCUCAGGACUAUAUCGGUAUGCCGCGUGGUACAAUCCGAGGCACAGUCCUUAUUGAGACCAUCCUUGCCGCUUUCGAGAUGGAUGAGAUCAUCUACGAGCUCCGUGACCACAGCUCUGGCCUUAACUGCGGUCGAUGGGACUACAUCUUCAGUGUUAUCAAGAAGUUCCGCAACAACCCCAACUUUGUCCUUCCUGACCGUUCUGCCGUCACGAUGACUGUGCCCUUUAUGGAGUCAUAUGUGAAGCUCCUCAUCCAAACCUGCCACAAGCGAGGAGUUCACGCUAUGGGUGGCAUGGCUGCUCAGAUCCCCAUCAAGAACGACGACGCUGCCAACGACAAGGCGAUGGAGGGUGUGCGUGCUGAUAAGCUCCGUGAAGUUCGUGCUGGACACGACGGUACCUGGGUCGCUCAUCCUGCCCUUGCUAGCAUCGCUACCGAGAUCUUUGAUAAGCACAUGCCCACUCCCAAUCAGCUUUUUGUACGCAGAGAUGAUGUUACGAUCGGACAAAACGAUUUGCUCAACAUGAACGUCCCUGGCACCAUCACAGAAGAUGGUAUCAAGAAGAACCUUAACAUCGGUCUCGGCUAUAUGGAGGCCUGGAUCCGAGGAGUGGGCUGUGUCCCUAUCAACUACCUUAUGGAGGACGCUGCCACAGCUGAGGUCUCGCGCAGUCAGCUCUGGCAAUGGGUCAAGCAUGGUGUUAGCACCGCCGAUGGCAAGCGUGUUGACAAGGCAUAUGCUCUGAAGCUUCUCAAGGAAGCUGCCGAUCAACUUGCUGCCUCUGCUCCCAAGGGUAACAAGUACCAUCUCGCUGCUCAGUACUUUGCUGGUCAGGUCACUGGCGAGGAUUAUGCCGACUUCCUUACAACACUUCUAUACAAUGAGAUCACUCAGGCCGGACCUCCCAGCCCUGCUUCAAAACUAUAA